CUCACUCACCCACCCAUCACCAGCCAGCAUCAUCGAUCAGCGCUCAUUCUUCCCUUUACAUUUGAGAGCUUCAUUACAACGGACACUGCUCUUCCUCUGUCAACACUUGGGUGUAACAUCUAUCAGUCCAUCAUUUCUCACAAGGAGAACCAAGAUUUUAUGGGACACUAACUACAGAGAGGUUCCCCGGGAGCGUCUCAGCAAGAGCAGCUACAUAAUAUAGUGUAUCUCUGACUGGAAAAGGAACAACACUUCUGAAUCCCUGUCUGUGCUCUCCACCAGCAGCCAAAAAUGGGGAAUGCCAAAAGCAGUGCUAUGUCAAAGGAGAUCCUGGAGGAUCUCAAGCUCAAUACCAAAUUCUCAGAGAAUGAACUGUCACAGUGGUACGAGAACUUCCAGAAGCAGUGUCCUUCUGGCCGUAUCACACCAGACGAGUUUAAAAAGAUCUACGAACGCUUCUUCCCAGAAAGCGAUGCCACGUCGUACGCCCAGCACGUCUUCCGUUCCUUCGAUCAGAACGACGAUGGAACGUUGGAUUUCAAGGAAUACAUUAUUGCUCUGCAUAUGACAUCAACUGGAAAGACGGAGCGGAAGCUGGAGUGGGCCUUCUCGCUCUUCGAUGUCGACAAGAACGGCUACAUCACCAAGUCAGAAGUGGCAGAAAUCUGUCAGGCUAUCUUUAAGCUGAUUCCCAAGGAUGAACAGGAAAAUCUUCCAGCAGAUGAGAACACGCCUGAGAAGAGAGCAGACAAACUGUGGUCAUUCUUUGAUAAAAAAGAUAAUGAGCGAUUGGCUGAGGGUGAGUUUAUUCAAGGCAUUCUUGAAAAUGAAGAAGCGAUCCACCUUAUUCAAUAUGAGGGCAAAAAGUAAUAACAAAACGAGAACAAUAGUGCACUAUAUUUUGCUGUCAUAUAAUAAGCUUCCCCUUAUUUUCUUUUUUCCCAUUUUGUUUGUUUUUACCCUUUUAAUCUGGGCACAUCAGUCCUGUUUCUUGUAUUAGUGCAACAUAAAUCAUUCUGUAAAUAUUUGAAAGCCCAUUAACUUCAAUAUGUUUCAAGUGAGUCGUGAUAGACAGAAUGAGCAUAGCGCAAAGUGAUAGCAAAGUGUCGCAUCUGGGAACAUAAUAAUGUUGAAAUGUGUGAAAUACUGUAUGUAGACUGAGGAAAAGUUUCUGGCAGAUGAAAUUAUGAUACUCUUGAGCUGUAAGCAAACAUUUUUUUCUUUAUGAAUUAAAGUGAGAACAAGAUAAUUCAUAUUUUUCUUGUAAAAUAAGAAAAAUACAUAUGAAGGCAGACAAAGCCACUAGGCUGUGUGGGGAAACAAAUAAGAUAAUUUCAUUCAGACUUAGCAUCCUGGAUGAUAGUACAAUAAUGUUUGUCAUUUCUAAUAUGCAAAUUUGUUUUUUGAUGUCAACUAUUGUGGAAUAAAACCAAAUCUGUAAAGCUA